AUGCUUCUGGACGGAUCUAAGACAAUUAGAUAUCUUCUUCAAUUUUACCGGGAAAGAUUGAGCAUUGAAGAAGAGUAUGCAAGAAAACUCAACAAUCUAGCAAGAAAAAGUAAUAUCGGAACAAAAGAGAGAGCUGGGAGUACAUUGCGUGAUAGUUUAGCGAUGUUAGUGGAGGAGACCAAACAGUUGAGUAAUAGUCACUCUUCAGAGGCACAGAAGAUCGCAGACUUGGUAUAUCAGCCAUUGAAUGAAUUUCUUAGUAACCUUAAGGCCAGCAACAAGCCUUGGGAAUCUACCAUUGUUGAGUUUGUGAGGUACAAAGAAUCGUUGAAGCUAAAAACAAGACAGGCAGGGAAGAAGUACGAAUCAUCUUGGAGUAAGAUCAAUGGCUUACGAACAGAACAGAUCUUGCUGGACGAUACGGAAGCUAGAAAUGUUCAAAAGAAGAUAGACAAACUAGCUGCAGUGAUGAUUGAAGAGAGAGAAAAGUUCUACAAGCUCGUCACCCAGUACAACCAGGUGCAAGAGUCCUUCAAGAAAGAAUGGUGCAAAUACUGCGAGAACUCUCAGUCUUUGGAGGAGGAGAGAAUAAAAACUAUAAGAAGAAAUAUUUGGGAGUAUGCCAACACAAUUAGUUCAUCUUGCAUACAGGACGAUCAGAGUGCCGAGAACAUCAGACUAAGCCUAGAAAAAUGUUCAUUCGAGAGAGACAUUGACGAAUUUGUCAAUUCAAUGGGAACUGGAGACAGAACCGGUGUUCCAAUGAAAUUUGUCGAUUUUGCCAAGGGAGAAUCAAAGAAGAGUAAUAGUGCUGGGGUAGAAGAUGAAGGCUGCCCUGUAGACGUUGAUGCCUUACUAGCUUCACGUAGGAAGGACAGAAUGCUGAGAUCCAAAGAAAAGCUCCUAAAAUCAUACGUAAACAAGAAAGUACCACCAGACCUUACUGAACGGCAGCAGACUACGCUUGAGUUGGUCGAUAGAAGUUCGAAAACAUUUAAAGAAUUGGAGAAGCAGGCUGAAAAGGAAACCAUUGCAAAGGCACCCUCCGAACAAGGUUCGGAGCCAAGCACUUAUAAAGUAAUGUCAGAAUAUUCGGGUACUACUGCCUAUACGAGUGAUAGAUCCUCAUCUAUAUCUGCAGCGAAAAUGAAAUCGAAAUUAGAAGACAACGUCUUUUCGAACCCACUAUUGAACUCAAGAUCUUCGGCAGGGUCUGCAUAUUCUCGAAAACUAAAGAACGUGGAUUCAAACGAGGUGCUCAGAGAUAGUCCUGAUCCGCUAAGGGCCUAUCUAGAUGAUCUUUCUCUUGGUGGUAAUGGUGAUAUGAAAAGAUUUGAACAAUCGAUAAUGCCUAGGAGCGAGAUAAUGCCAACUCGAAAGAACUUACCAGAGUCCCAGAGAUCACAGAAAGGAAAAUCGAUGGGUUUUCUCUUGAAAAAUGACAUGAAGUCAAGUCCGAUGACAGAAAAACAAGAAAAUCAAAUACCGCAUCCAGAUUUGCAGAGCAUAGGGCUGGAGGAAAAGCCUUCAGCGGUCAACAUACAUAGGCUCCAAAAGAUUGAAGAUGGACCAUCGAACCUCAGUUCAAGAAUUACGUCAGUGACAUCACAAGGCCAUCGGGUCCCCUCUAUGAGAAGAGCAAAAUCCCAGGAGAACUUAAACUUCAAGUUCAUCACGAGCGAGGAUCUACCAUCACACUCAUCGGAAGGAUUUCCGGUUCUUAAGUACUGUCGUGCGCAAUUCGAUUACUCACCCGAGAUCGACCAAGAGCUUACCUUCAAGAAGAAAGACAUACUAAUGAUAUUGCACCAACAGCCCGAUGGCUGGUGGUUUGCCGAGAAUAUCAACACUGGAGACUCGGGACUCGCCCCAAGUAACUAUCUGACAGAUCUAUAA